AUGGUACUCCGGGGAAAAAAUGCAACAUUGGUGGUUAUUGGAGAUAUUGGUCGAAGUCCACGAAUGUGUUAUCAUGCUAGAUCGUUGGCAGAUAAAAAUUAUCGAGUGCAAAUAGUGGGCUAUACGGAUUCAGCGAUACAUCAGUCCAUACAGCACCAUCCAUAUAUUAGUGUUGUAUCACUGAGAUGUCCCCCAGAAUAUAUCUGUAAACUGCGUCCUAUCUUUGCUUUGAUACUAAAAUUUUUAUGGACUUUGACUGUUCUGUUGCUAACGCUGUUUUUUCGAAUUGAUUGGCCUCUGUUGAUUAUGGUGCAAAAUCCUCCUGGACUACCGUCUCUUCUUGCUUGCUGGCUGUGUGCUCGUAUUAGAAGAGCACAGUUUAUCAUUGACUGGCAUAAUUAUACCUAUUCCGUAUUACGCAAAAAAUAUAAUAUCGAUGAAAUACGCGUUAGUCGUGCCUCUGAGCGACGAAUACAGAAUUCUCUAAAUUGUUCUGACGAUCAUAGCUUAGUGGUAAAUGAUGUUUCCGGCAUGCGUGGAAAAAGAAUGACACGAGUAGAACGAGCUGUUCAGGCUGCAGCAGUUGCAGCAAAUAAAAGAAAACGCCAAGCUGAUCGGAAGAAAAGAUGUUCAAUCGUGCAGAGAUGUGUUGAGCAGAUAUAUUAUUGGGAAGGUUAUUUUGGUCGCUGUGCUGAUUUGAACAUUUGUGUAACUCAUGCUAUGCGCCAAGAUAUGUUCGAUGCAUGGGACAUUAGUGCGGCUACAGUAUAUGAUCGGCCUCCAGCUUGGAGCUUUCGGAAAUUGACUGAUGAAGAGCGACAUAAAUUCCUUUUGAAAUUAAUCGAUUACGGUGGUGAAUUCGAAGUUUUUAAAGCUGUUAAUAACCCAUGCUUACAGAUAGAUUGCAUUUCCAUGGAAGAAACGCUUAUCUCUUACCGUGACAAUGAAGGUAAAGUCCAGCUCCGAAAUGAUCGCCCUUUACUUCUUGUUUCGUCAACAAGUUGGACAGAAGAUGAAGAUUUUGGACUUCUACUUGAUGCUCUUCGUGAAUUUGAUAAUAUUGCUAAGCUCUCUUCGAGAACGAAUCCAGCAACUCGACUGCCAUUCAUAACAUGUAUAAUUACGGGACGUGGACCUUUGCGGUCGUAUUAUUUGGGUCGCAUUGAGCAUAUGCAAAUGCAAAAUGUUGAAAUAUUAACACCAUGGUUAAAAGCAGAAGAUUAUCCGUUUUUGAUUGGUUGUGCCGAUAUUGGCGUCUCUCUGCAUACUUCUACAUCAGGUUUGGAUCUACCAAUGAAGGUAGUGGAUAUGCUUGGAUGUGGUUUACCUGUCAUUGCCAAACGAUUUGGUUGCAUUGGUGAGCUUAUUUCUGAUGGCCAUAAUGGCAGGCUAUUCGACACUUCGCAUGAACUUUCACAUAUCAUUAAAACGUUGUCAUGUGGUUUCCCUGUUCAUUGCAGUCAGUUGAACACACUGACAUUAAAUGUUCAUUCCAACCCUUUAAUAUCGUGGAACAAAAAUUGGGAUGCGUGCUUGUGGCCAUUGCUGAAUAGUUAUGGAGCUUUGUCAGUUGAAGAUUUGGCACGACGUCAAAGAUUUGCCGUGAUCUCACUUCAAAAUUGGCCAGAAACUGCUGAAAUACAUGACAUAGCAGAGCUGAAGCAACAGAAAAAUGAUGAGCAUGAAAAUGUCAGGUUGGAAGAUACUGCAGAUGAUUGUGGUAUUGACUGCUUACAAAAAGCGAUUUCAAGAAAUUGA